AUGGGAACAGACACAAACUCAUCAAAAUUCUCUCCAGCUCUGGUUCUCUCAAUCAUUGUACUUCCUGUUCAGUCGAAGGCUCUGAGGGAGCGCUGGCUGCUGGACGGAGCGCCCUCUGCUGGACCGGAGCAGGAUGCAGUGAGGAGACAACUGGAGCAGGACGAGGCCAAGACCAGGAGCCUGGAGGAGACCAUCAACAGGUUAGAGGACGAACUGCUGAGUCUGGAAGGUGGAGGCGUAACACACACAGCUGUGUCAUCAGGAUCAGAUAAAGAGGUGAAAGUUCACAAAAGCCCUGGAAUGAACAAAGAGAGAGAAGCGACAGACGAGAUGAAGAGAGCCAUGUACUCAGUGGAGAUCACAGUGGAACGUGACAGACUGACGGGAGAAACCAGAGUUUUGUCCACUAACACCUCACUUCCUGUUGACUUUUCUCACCAAGGAGUGAAAGUGUACGAGGACGAGAGGAAAGUGGUCCACGAGAUGAACGGUGAAGAUGGAGUCCAGCCACUGAGCUUCUCUGAGGUGGAGGAGCUCCUCCACAAAGCCGACGAGGCCUCAAUGAUGUCACAGACCGACGCCACAGUGACCACCCCCCCGACAGCGGAGGUCCAGGAGGAGGCACGUCACGAGAUCACCGGUCUGGAGACAAAACCAGGCGGAGAGCCGAGCGGAGAACCGAUCCUCGCCGAGGCCAGCGCGGAGAACCCCGUCACCAUGGUGUUCAUGGGGUACCAGAGCGUGGAGGACGAGGACCAGACCAAGAAGGUUCUGGGUCUAAACGGGACCGUGAAGGCCGAGCUGGUGCUGAUCCACAACGGGAGAACCUCACCGGCUUCACCUCCACCCGCCUCCCCGGAGAAGGUGAAGGGAGGAGCGAAGGAGGUGAAGGGAGCAGCGAAGGAGGUGAAGGGAGCAGCGGAAGAGGUGAAGGGAGCAGCGGAAGAGGUGAAGGGAGCAGCGGAAGAGGUGAAGGGAGCAGCGGAAGAGGUGAAGAAGGAGAAGCAGCCGUGUAAGUGCUGCAGCAUCAUGUGAUCCUGCAGAAGGGCGCCUCUUCAAAAUAUAAUCACACUAAAAUAAAAAGAACUUUAAAGGGCAAAAACCACAGGAAGUAAAACUCACUGCCCUAAGCCCCACCCCUAAGCCCUGCUUCUAAAAACAUGACAUCAUUUCCUGUUUCUUCAUUCUCUUGUUUUAUAAAAGCUCUCUUUACUUUUUUCUAUUUUCUUGAAGCCUUUUUACUUUUGUACUCAUGUUUCCAGCUGCGAUGUCUAGAUGAGUCUGAUUAGCUUAGCAUUAGCUUGUAGCAUUAGCAUUAACCUCCUCUCUCUAUGAGCUCAUCGAUAGAAAUUAAUUCAUUUUUGAGUAUUUAUUUAAUUUUGUAUGUUUCUCCUGUUGAGUUUUAUAAAAGAGAAAAUAAACAACAACAAACGGAUUCUGUGUUUGUUUCUGUUUCACCUCCAUCACCUCUAUAACCUAUCAACUCUAUCACCUCCAUCACCUCCACAGUGGUGAAUAGUAACGAAGUAGAAACACUUCGUUACUCUA